GGAAGCGUCUCCAUGGCGACGCGAGACCCUGUGGCCGCGGCCUGGCGGGGAAAGAAGAAGCGCGAUGGAGAAAUACGAGCGAAUCCGGGUGGUCGGGAGGGGGGCGUUCGGAAUCGUCCACCUCUGCCUUCGGAAAAUGGACCAGAAGCUAGUGAUCCUGAAGCAGAUCCCCGUGGAGCAGAUGACCAAGGAUGAGCGGCUGGCCGCCCAGAAUGAGUGCCAAGUGCUGAAGCUGCUCCACCACCCCCACGUCAUCGAAUACUACGAGAACUUCCUGGAGGACAAGGCGCUCAUGAUCUCCAUGGAGUAUGCGCCGGGUGGGACGCUGGCUGAGUUCAUCCACAAGAGGGGCAACUCCCUCCUGGACGAGGAGACCAUCCUCCACUUCUUUGUCCAGAUCCUCCUGGCCCUCCACCACGUCCACGCCAAGCAGAUCCUCCACCGGGACCUCAAGACUCAGAACAUCCUCCUGGACAAGCACCACAUGAUCGUCAAGAUUGGGGACUUUGGCAUCUCCAAGAUCCUCAGCAGCAAGAGCAAAGCUUACACGGUGGUGGGCACCCCCUGCUACAUCUCCCCGGAGCUCUGCGAGGGCAAGCCUUACAACCAGAAGAGUGACAUCUGGGCUCUAGGCUGUGUGCUCUACGAGCUGGCCAGCCUGAAGAGGGCUUUUGAGGCCGCGAACCUGCCAGCCUUGGUCCUGAAGAUCAUGAGCGGGACUUUCGCCCCCAUCUCGGACCGCUAUAGCCCCGAACUGCGCCAGCUGAUCCUCAGCCUGCUCAACUUGGACCCCUCCAAGCGGCCCCAGCUGAACGAGAUCAUGGCGGAGGCCAUCUGCGCCCGGCCCCUCCUGAACCUCUACACCGACGUUGGCAGUGUCAGGAUGAGGAGGCCCGAGAAGCCGCUGGCCGCUGUGCCACCAGUGACCCACGGCAGGGUGGGAGCGGGAGCCGUCGGCCCUAGGGCCAGAGGCUCCAGAGCCGGCUCAGCGAGGCCAGGCAUCCCCCCCGCCCCAUCUUCCGUCUACACCUGGGGGGGCGGGAUCACCCUCCCUCUGCGCCUGCCCAUGCUGAACACCGAAGUGGUGCAGGUCUCCACCGGAAGGACCCAGAAGGCGGGCGUCACCAAAUCUGGGCGGCUGAUCCUGUGGGAGCCGCCCCCGCUUGGCACGGCGGGGGGGCCCUCGCUCCCUGGGGCCACUGAGCAGCUGCAGCCCCAGUUUGUCUGCCGCUUCCUGGAGGGCCAGUCCGGGGUGACCAUCAAGCUGGUGGCCUGUGGGGACCUUUUCACCACCUGCCUGACAGACCGAGGGAUCGUCCUGACCUUUGGCAGCGGCAGCAGUGGGUGCCUGGGGCAUGAGACCUUCGCAGACGUCACGCAGCCCAAGAUCGUGGAGGCCCUGCUGGGCUACGAGAUCACGCACGUGUCCUGUGGGGCGUCACACGUCCUAGCUGUUUCCAACGAAGGGGAGGUCUUCGCGUGGGGCAGAGGGGACAACGGGCGCUUGGGGCUGGGGACCCAGGAGUCCCACAACUCCCCACAGCAGGUCUCCGUCCCCCCUGAGCACGAGGCACAGAAGGUUCUCUGCGGCAUCGAUGCCUCCAUGAUUCUGACAGGGAGGAACCAGGUCCUGGCCUGUGGGAGCAACAGGUAUAACAAACUGGGCCUGGACAGGAUCUUGCCCCAGGGGGAGCCCCUCACCACGGACCAGGUAGAGGAAGCCCUUGUCUUCAGCUGCGCCCGCUCAGCCCCCUUGAGUGAAGAGGCCAUUGUGUGGGCUGACAUUGGAACGGCUCACUCAGCAGUAGUCACGGCCACAGGCCAGUGCUACACUGUGGGCAGCAAUCAACACGGACAGCUGGGCCCCAUCCCUUGCCGUGCCAGCCGCACCCCCUACCUUGUGGAGGGGCUCCAGGCUCUCCGAGUCACCAUGGUGGGCUGCGGCGAUGCCUUCACCACCGUCGUGGGAGCAGAUGGCGAGGUGUACACCUGGGGGAAAAGCGCCAGGGGGCGCCUGGGGCGGAAGGAUGAAGAGCCCCGGAGUCCUCGUCCCGUGCAGCUGGGAGAGACUCACGCCAGCCUCGUGGCCUCCGUCUCCUGCUGCCACGGAAGCACCCUGCUGGCCAUGAAACCUGCGGCAGAGGAACCCAGUCCCCACUGAGGAGAGGCCAGGAGGGCCCCGUCGCCCCUUCCUUUUGCAGACACCCCUCUUGCAAGCCUUUCUCCCCCUCCGGCCCACGGGGCAGCCUGUUUUGGACCUUCGACGGCCAAACUCAGUCCGAGAGAGCUCAGCACCUACCUGCAGGCCCAGGUACCUGGCGGGCACCGCGUCCACCCUCUUCCUCCCCAGGGCCAUGCCCCAAACAGAGGGGAUCCAGCUCCAUCGAUGUUAUUGGGCAGCCACCCCCCAGGAGGGAGCAGUGCGUGCUGGGAAGCUGUGCCCCUUCUCUCCAUGCAGCUGAGCCAUCUCUCUCUCUCUCUGUGCCGCUUCUCCGGCGUGACUUGGCUGGGGGGCAAGGAAGUGGGCCCUGGGUUUAUUUUUACUGCUCUCCCUCUUGAGCUGACUCACAGGCUGUGCUGUGUGGGAUCUUGCACGCCCAGGUGGCUGGGGGGGGGGUAAGAGCUGAAUGCCGCUUGUCACAGCCCCAGGCGCUCUCGGGGAAUGAGUCAAUGCCAGGCUUCGAAAGCCUCUCUCUCUUCUCCCCUACCCUCCUUUCCCCCCUCAUCUCCUGCUUUCCAAGGCCUGACCCUGAUUCAUGUUGCUGCCUUUGCUCUGUGCCCAAGGGGGGGGGGCCCUGCAGCCUCCCGUCCUCUGAAGAAACAGGGAAGGAGCUUGGGAGAACAGGAGAUGAAAGCGGGGGGGGGGGAGAGAGAGCCAUCCUCAGAUAAUGGAUGGGCAGAGGUGCCAGGGACCCCCAAGGGUCAUCCAUUCCAACCCCCCUGCAAUGCAGGAACAGAGCUACCGAAUCCCUGACAGGUGGCUGUUUUAAAAAAAACCCCAUGAAAGAGGGUCUGCCACCUUCCAAGGGAGUCUGUGGAGGGUGGAGGGAAUAUGUUUUUCUGUUGAUCUGCCCUGGGCCCCACACAAAGCUCAGCAGGGGGUGGGUGAGACUAUUUCAGAUACCAGCAGAGGGGCGGGUGCAAAGGGCGAGGUCCGGGAGAGGGCAGAGGCUGACCUUUGCAUCACUCUGCAGCUGUGCCUGUUUUCUGGCCUAUUUUCUGUUUCCAGCGCCUCGAGCUGACAUAGAGCAGUGUUGCCCGUGCUCAGUCACACACCUGUUUGCUUGAAUUUAUGAAAGGAAAGGAAUGUGUGCCUUCAGCAUGCCGACUUAGCAUACGUAGAGUCCUGGUGAAAUGUCUACAACCUAGACAGAAGGCCGGCAGAACAGCCUUUGCCGGCAGAACAGCCAACCUAGUAAUUGUAAAGUUGGUAGGGACCCCCAAGGGUCCUCUAGUCCAACCCCCUGCAAGGCUGGAAUCUCAACUAGAUCAUACAUGGCAGAUGGCCAUCCAAGCUCUAGGAGAGCCCAUCAACUUCCAAGACAGUCCACUCCACAGUCAAACAGCUCUCACCACCAGAAGGAUAUUCCUUACGUUUAGUCAGAAGCCUGGCACCCUCCCAAUGUUUUGGACUACAAACUCCCACCAGCCCCCUGCCACCACAUGCCAACUGAUCUCACUUUUCACAGGUGGGGUUGUCAAUAUUUGACUGCAGCCCAUGGCCCCAGGCAGCUCCAUCUACGGACGUUUUUAAUGUUAAUAAUAAUAAUAAUAAUAAUAAUAAUAAUAAUAAUAAUAAUAAUAAUGUAUUAUUUAUACUUCCAACAGAAAAAUAAAACACAAUAAUCUAUUAAACAUUAAAAGCCUCCCUGAACAGGGCUGCCUUCAGAUGUCUUCUAAAAGUCUGGUAGUUGUUUUCCUCUUUGACAUCUGUUGGGAGGGCGUUCCACAGGGCAGGCGCCACCACCGAGAAGGCCCUCUGCCUAGUUCCCUGCAACUUGGCUUCUCGCAACGAGGGAACCGCCAGAAGGCCCUCGGUGCUGGACCUCAGUGUCCGGGCAGAAUGAUGGAGGUGGAGACGCUCCUUCAGGUAUACUGGACCGAGGCCAUUUAGGGCUUUAAAGGUCAGCACCAACACUUAGAAUUGUGCUCGGAAACGUACUGGGAGCCAAUGUAGAUCUUUCAAGACCGGUGUUAUGUGGUCUCGGCGGCCGCUCCCAGUCACCAGUCUAGCUGCCGCAUUCUGGAUUAAUUGUAGUUUCCGAGUAACCUUCAAGGGUAGCCCCAUGUAGAGCGCAUUGCAGUAGUCCAAGCGGGAGAUAACCAGAGCAUGCACCACUCUGGCGAGACAGUCUGCAGGCAGGUAGGGUCUCAUCCUGCGUACCAGAUGGAGCUGAUAGACAGCUGCCCUGGACACAGAACUGACCUGCGCCUCCAUGGACAGCUGUGAGUCCAAAAUGACUCCCAGGCUGCGCACCUGGUCCUUCAGGGGCACAGUUACCCCAUUCAGGACCAGGGAAUCCUCCACACCUGCCCGCCUCCUGUCCCCCACAAACAGUACUUCUGUCUUGUCAGGAUUCAACCUCAAUCUGUUAGCUGUUUUAUUGUACUUUUAUGUUUUGCUGGAAGCUGCACUGGGUGGCUGGGGAACCCGGCUGGAUGAGUGGUGUAUAAAUAUU